ACCGAACCAGACAAUGGCUGAAACAGAAUAACACAUGCAUCCAACCGCAUACUAAAAUUAAAACCUGACAUGUUCAAUUUAGAAUAACCAUUUCAACUGCUUUCCAAUUUUCAACAGGUCAGACAAACCCCUAUUGGAACAAGAAUCAUCGGCAAUGGUUAUGGUGGCUGCUCCUCACAUCACUCUCUCACUCUCGCGAACCAAUCAAAGUCCUCUCUCAAAGCAAAAUCCGACAGCAGGAAAUGUUCUCAAUGGGGUCUCUUUCUUUCUUCCAGAAAGCCCCAUUAAAACCCUUAAAACCCCAUAAACCCCUCAAUCUCCAAAUACCCAUUAGCUGUCUGUGUGUCAAAAAUUCAAUGGAAGUGCCAGCUACUGCUUCUGUAACGAAUUUUGAAUUCAAGGAUUUGAUGGAAACCUUCACAGUGGAAGUUCAGAAAGCUGAGAACAGACCGCUGAAUGUACCUUUGAUCGCUCCUUUCACUAUAGCCUCUUCUAGGCUUGAUAAGGUGGAGAAUGUGGCCAUCAGGAUCGAGUUGAAAGAUGGAUGUGUUGGUUGGGGUGAGGCUCCGAUUCUGCCUUUUGUUACGGCGGAGGAUCAGCCUACUGCCAUGGCUAAAGCCAAGGAGGCUUGUGAGGUGCUUAAGAGUUCUUCUGCCAUGACUCUUGGGGCAGUACUGGGGCAGAUUGCUGGUGUUUUGCCUGGACAUCAGUUUGCUUCUGUUAGGGCAGGAGUUGAGAUGGCAUUGGUUGAUGCAGUUGCUAAGAGCAUUGGCAUACCUCUGUGGAGACUAUUUGGUGGAGCUUCAAAUACAAUAACAACUGAUAUAACAAUUCCUAUUGUUUCCCCAGCUGAGGCUCAUGCAUUAGCUACAAAGUAUCAAAGACAAGGAUUCAAGACUUUGAAGCUUAAGGUGGGAAAGAACCUGAAAGCUGACAUCAAAGUUUUACAAGCGAUACGUGCGGUCCACCCUGAUUGUUCAUUCAUCUUGGAUGCUAAUGAGGGAUAUAGACCUGAGGAGGCUAUUGAAGUUCUUGCAAGAUUACAUGAAAUGGGGGUGACUCCUGUUCUAUUUGAACAGCCAGUUCAUAGAGAUGAUUGGGAAGGUCUUGGUCGUGUUAGUCGUUAUGCAAAAAGCAAAUAUGGGGUAUCUGUUGCUGCAGAUGAGAGCUGUCGAAGUUUAGUUGAUGUUAAGAAAAUAGUAGAGGAAGAACUUGCAGAUGUUGUAAACAUUAAGCUUGCCAAAGUUGGAGUCCUUGGUGCUCUUGAAAUUAUUGAGUUGGCAAGGGCAUCAGGACUGUAUCUCAUGAUUGGUGGAAUGGUGGAAACCAGGCUGGCCAUGGGCUUUGCUGGCCAUCUUGCUGCUGGCCUUGGAUGUUUUAAAUUUGUUGAUUUGGAUACUCCUCUUCUCCUGUCAGAAGAUCCAGUUCUUGAAGGAUAUGAAGUUCUCGGAGCUGUUUACAAGUUCACAAACUCUACAGGCCAUGGUGGUUUCCUUUAUUGGGAAAAUAUUGCAUGAAAUUAUAAAUUCAGUAGCUUAAUCAAUGCUGGAAUUCUGAGUAGAGGAGCUCCAUAGAGGUUUCAUAUUUGUCAGACUGGUUUUUUAAAGUGGCAGGGCAGACCUCCAGGUUUUAAGUGGAUUGUUAACAGUAAACAAGUGCCCAAGAAGUUCUCAUAUUGGCAAACAAAGAAGCGUGUGCAGCUUAGGUGCAUGGAAGUUGGAACAAGUUAUUGCAUUAAUCUUCACUUUGAAAAAGUUUUUCACAGCAAAUACAACUAUAUCCUCUCUAUAUAGUUAUAUUAUCAAUGCAAUUUUUACUUAAAA